CUUCUUAGUUUUACUUUUGAAAAAGGAAAAUAAGCGCACAACUGCGGCAUAUGCUUCUUCAAUAUAGUGAGUGCUUUCCUUUUCUUCCUGUUUCCCGGUUAACAAAAAAACAACCUUCCACCUUUUCCCUCUCUCUUUCUCCUCCAAGCUUUAUCCCAUGGAAGGACAAGAAACCCUAAAAAAUCCACCGGAAUCUUCCGACAACCACCUCCCUGCAACCACCACCACCACCACCACCGAAGAGGUGGAGGAGGAUAUAAACACUGCCCUCGAUCUAACGAGUUACCAGCUCCACGACCUUGACUCGGUCGAGUUACCUCCGACGCUUGUCGAGUUAGACUUGACUGCCAAUCGUCUCUCUCAAUUGGAUCCUCGAAUUACUCUUCUCUCUCACCUCAAAAAGCUCUCUCUUCGACAAAACCUCUUUGAUGAUGCCGGCAUUGAUUCUCUCUCUAGUUCGCAUGCCAUUUCUGGUCUUGAGGAGCUGGUACUUAGAGACAACAAACUUACAAAGAUACCUGAUGUCAGCAUAUUCAAAAAUCUUCUGGUGUUUGAUGUUUCUUUCAAUGAGAUACCGUCUUCAAGUGGGCUAUCAAAGGUCUCCAACACUCUCCUAGAACUUUAUGUGUCAAAAAAUGAAGUCACUAAGAUAGAGGAAAUUGAGCAUUUUCACGAGCUGCAAAUUCUUGAACUGGGCUCCAAUAGAUUGCGGGUAAUGGAGAAUCUAGAAACUUUGAUCAACUUGCAAGAGUUGUGGCUUGGUCGAAAUCGGAUUAAAGCUGUUAACUUAUGUGGGUUAAAAUGCAUUAAAAAACUUAGUUUGCAGAGCAACCGCUUGACAUCUAUGAAAGGGUGUGAGGAAUGUGUAGCCCUUGAAGAAUUAUACCUGAGCCAUAAUGGAAUUACAAAAAUGGAAGGCCUAUCAACGUUGGCAAACCUCCGUGUCUUGGAUAUUGCAUCGAAUAAGCUAACAGCAAUAGAGGAUAUUGAAAAGUUGGCAAGGCUAGAAGAUCUGUGGCUUAAUGAUAACCAGAUUGCCUCCCUGGAGGAUAUGGCUGAGGCAGUUGCUGGUUCGAGGGAGACGAUUACCACUAUCUAUCUUGAGCAUAACCCAUGUGCAAAAUCUCCCAACUACACUGCCACUUUGAGACAGAUUUUAUCAAAUAUCCAGCAGAUUGAUUCCCAAGUUUUUGCUUAGACAGGACUUGAUCACCCAAGAGUGUAUAAUUUUAUGAAAUCACAAGUUCAGGCAUCCUGGCUUACAAAAACCAUGGAUAAUGAAGUGUGGAUUGAGAAAUGACGGAACUGAGCACAUAUUCUUUAAAACCAAGAAGACAUUUGGGGGUCUAGUAGCUUCAUAUUUCCUUGUGAAUUGCAAGUUCUUGCUCAAAGGAGUCAUUUCGAAAGAAGAUUUCGGACACUGAGCUAUUGGAUCUGUCUUGAAUCAUGAUACUUCUUCCUUGGUUAUAUAAACUCGUGAAGUUUUCAACGAUGAUGCUGACUCUGAAAUUAAAAAAUUUGAGCGUUGUAAUGUUUGUUUUCAUUUCUCUAAUUUAUAGUAACAAGUUUAACAUGAGUGACCUCAAUGCACAAUUACAUGUUAUAGAAUAGUAGAUCACUUUGUCCAAAUAUGUCGUACAAUGUGAUCUGCACAGGUGCUUCAUGCGUAGAUUUUUAAUGCAAUGCGUUUGGGCUCUGAGCACCAGACCCUGAAUUUCAAAA